CUGUGGGAUGUGUGGACAACGUGUCAGCACACUGAUUCGAUCUUGAGGUGCACCCUCCGGUAUGCCUAGCUCUCCGCCAAACAGUGCUGUGAUGGCUGCCUCCACGGGCAGCGAAGUGACGCAGGCUCUGAAUCGCUUCAUCACGGUACUGGUGGAUACGCAUUUGGGGCCGAACAUGGAGGACCUCACGCGUCGUGUGAGGACCACGGAGUUGACGCAAGAAGCCUGGGGAGACAAGGAGCAACGCUUGGAGCAACGCAUGGUUGCUCAGCAGGAGAGGCUGCAGUCUCUGGAAAAGGCGUUGAGUGGCAAGGCUUCCAACGACCACGUGGCCCAGCUGCAAAGUUCCAUGGAUGCUGUCAUGGCUGAGCAAACCCGUGGACGCACUCAACAGGAACAACUCUUGGAGGAGUUGAAUGUGACCAUUGUGGACAUCAAGAGCCGGGUUUCGGAGGCGGAGAGCAACAUCCGCGCAGGAGCCGAGAUGAUGCAGCGAUUGGAGGGCGUCGGACGUUCCUUGGAUCGUCGACUGGAAGUCAUGGAGAAGGAGACGAGCGAGAAGCUGGAACAGCACGCACAACAGCUGAAGGAAGGCCUGCUGAAGAUGAGUCGCGAGAUGGAGGAGAAGGCCGCAGAAGCUCAGGUUCAAUCCCUCCGAUCGAGCCUUGCAGCCCUUGAGGAGAAGUCCAACGAAAUCAGCCGCAACAGGCAACAGGAGGCGCACCAGCUGAAAUCUGCGCUGGACCACAUGACCAGCUCUGUAAGCGCCUUGAAGACAGAGAUCGCCAGCAAGAGUGAAGCUGCGCAACAACUCGGAGCCAACUUAUCGUCUGCGGGGCAGAAGAUCGCAUUGUUGGAGCAAAGCCUACAGGGCAAGGCGGAUCUGCCCCAAUUCGAUCAGAUGGCGGAUGUGGUGUCGACCUUACAGGCCAAAGUCCCAUCCAUUGAGCAAGAUCUCAAUCAAGGUGCCGAGCGUAUGGCAGAGCUGGAAAAGUCCAUCAAUGGGUGUCACAAGAAAGUGACGCAAAGCGAGGCGUUGUUGCACAACAAGGUGGACGCAAAGUCACUACAGCAAGUGGAGAACGGUCUUGCGAACCUCCAAUCGCAACAUAGCCAGGUACAGCAAGCGUUGCAAGACAAGGUCGGAAGCAGUGCCCUGUCCUCGUUGAAGUCGACGCUGUCCUCGGUGGACGGAAAGAUGGGCCAAUUGGAACAGUCCCUGCAGGAAAAGGCGUCAAGUGGAAACGUUCAGCAACUGAAGCAGAGCGUAUCCAUGCUGGAGACGAAAGUGGCCGGAGUUGAUCAAGCCGUCCAUGACAAGGUAGGUGCUGGACAAAUGCAGCAGUUGAAGAGCAUCGUGAUGGGCAUCCAGAAUCAAGCCAAUUCCUUGGAGCAAAGCAUUCAGGACAAGGUGGGCGCUGAACAAGUGCAGCAGAUUAAGACGUCCGCGGCGCAAACACAGGCGCAGCUUUCGGCCUACGAGCAACAGCUCUCCGAGAAGGCUCCGCUGGCCCAGCUGCACGCGCUGAAGACCGUGCUGGCCACGGUGGAGACAAAAGUUCUGGGAUGCGAUCAGGCUCUCCAGGAGAAGGUCGACGCUGUGCAAUGGACGCAGCUGAACGACGCGGUACAAGUGAUCCAGAAGAAGGUCGGAAACAUCGAACGCGGCGUUUGGGAAGGCAUGGAUUGCGUGCAGGGCCUGGAGGGUGCGUUGACGACUUUGAAGGGACAAGUGGCCACGGUGGAACACAACAUGCAGGAGAAGGUCUGCAGCGAGGACGUGCAUCGCCUGGGCGAGGUGGUGAUUUCCCUCAAGGGCAAGGUGGGUUCGUUGGAGCAGAACCUGCGCCAGGGCGCGGAGCACGUCACGGACGUGGAGGGCGCCGUGGUCAGCAUGGGGAAGCAGCUGGCCACGGUGAAGCAGGUCUUUACGGACAUGCAGAACACACAGGGCCGCAUGUUGACCCUCGAGCUGGGCGAUCGAGAUCGCAAGAGUCGACGCUUGGGCCGCGACGGGGACAGCUGAGGAGCUCCAGAUUCGGUGAUCGGCUGGCAUUGCGCCUGUCACGUGCUGUUCGGCCGGAGACAGCAGCUGAUCUCAGAUGGGUAGAUGCCACAUAUCAAUACCCUCUGGUAAAC